AUGUUUGAUUUCUCCUACUUGCCACCUCAAACCCAUGCGCACACCACAAAGGACCCCGCACCUGCAAUCACGCAAGACUGUCGAGCCCCAGCAUCCACAGAGAAGACGGACUACGCACAGCGUGAGAAUGCCGACCCGACUCACGGAAAUCUUCACACGCGAACAGGUUACGGAGGGCUUGAGGACGCCUCCCAGCUCUUCAGCGAGAACUACGGAGUCUGGGGCCAGCCGCCGCCGCCUCCCGAUGGGCGCUCAUUUGGCAAGCCGGGCAGUCGCGUGAAGAUGAGCGCAUCCCGCCUAAGGGCCCAGUGCCUCCCCGAAGCGUCACGAAGCUCCUACGCGAGAGUCACUGUCGAUGGAACCUUGGCAGGCCACGCCUUUGCUUGCCGCUGGCAACAUGGUGAUCGCCAGGUGUGCUGGAUCACCCAGCUCGUCGUCCAUCGCGACUAUCGGGAGCGGCGCCUCGCCACCACCCUGCUUCUGGCCCUCCUCGACAGUGACGACGACAUAUUUGGCAUCAUGAGCUCUCAUCCGGCUGCCUGCAAGGCUCUCUCAAGAGCCUUUGGAAAUUUCGUAUUCCCCCAAGUCCCGUUGGACUUUGCCAGGCAGCAUGCCGCGGGCGUCAUGGCUGCAUCUCCGGUCAGCUAUGUCAAGAAUGCUAGGCUCUGUGGGAACCUCUUCAACUCGGGGGACGCAAGUGGACUCAAGUGUGGGGUGGAUUCGAACUUCUUCGUUGACCACGCCGAGCCCCUGGAUGCUCUAUCGCGGGUUAAGGAUCUGGGGGGAUGGCCACUGGGCGAUUUGCCCGACGGGCAUGAAUUCUUGCUUGUGUUUGACGUGGCACGGCGGAGAAGACCACGAUUCUCGCAGCUUGCGGUCCAGUAG